AUGGCGAAAGACAGCUCCAAAGACUCUGCGACACAGCUGUCCAAAAAGCUCGAUCGGAAGGCUAAACACGCUAAGGAAUCGGAGAAUUCACAAUCUGCAGACGCGCCGAAUGACCUACCCAAGGUAGAGAAGGAAGGUGGAGAGGACAAGCACGAGAGCACCGAGAAGAAGAAAAAGAAGCGCAAGUCCAGCGAUCGCGCAAUCGGUGAGGAUGGAGAUGGGAAAGAGGAGAAGAAAAAGGAGAAGAAGAAUAAGCGGCGGCACGCAGAGGAUGAGGCGGAGGAGAAGCCAAAGAAAAAGAAGAAGAGGGUUUCCUUUGGACCUGGGACUAAGGAAAACGACGGUAGUGAUGACGAGGAUGGUCACGACAAAGACAAUGUCGAGGACACGAUGAUGAGCACGGCGACGAAUGGCGCCGAGGCAGAUGCAGAUGCAGAAGACAACAACGACGCCGCAAUCGAGGAAAUGAAGAAACGCAAGCGCGAGAAGAAGAAAGAAAAGAAAAAGAAGAAUGGUGGAUCUUCUUCAACAACGACAACCUCGCACCUCCAUGAGACUCCCAUCCUUUCCUACCUGAGUCGCUACCACACAGACCGCGCGUCAUGGAAAUUCCAAAAGAACCGCGAAACACACCUCUUCAAACACCUGUACUCGCUUGAGCAAGUCCCCGUUCAGUACAAUGCCGCGCUUCUGGCCUAUCUACAGGGACUGAAAGGUUUAUCGGCGAAGGCGCGGCUCAGUUAUGGCGCGGAGGAGGUUAUCGUUGCUGAUCUGGAUGCUGAGAAGAAGAAAGAGGGCGAUGGGCAAGGAGAAGGAGAGGGUAGUGAGGGUAGUGAAUACCAGCAGGCUGUGGAGGCUUUCCGGACACGUUUGUCUGAGAGCAAGGACGAUGUCAACGCUGAGGAUGUUGGCGAGAAGCUGGGGGCAGAUGCACAGGCCCGUCUGAAGAAGAGACAGCGAGCAGAGCUGGUCUUUUUCGCGGUUGCGGGUAAAUUGUUCAGCGGGGAGCAGUCGACACCGGUGUCUGAUAAGCAGACCAAGGCGCCAGGCGCGAGUAAGAAGAAGCGGAAGAACAGGACGGCGAUUGUGGAAAUCUCGAGCAGCAGCGAGAGUGAGGAUAGUGAUUCGGACAGUACUAGCUCGAGUGGCUCCUCGUCUUCAUAG